AUGCACUGCCAGGAUGAAGACUUCAUCCCGCGGCACUCUGCCCGUCCCUCGCUGGAAGGACAACGACCAGCCGUUGCCCGGAAGCCACUCGUAUACACUCGGCAACUGGCCGUUAUGUCCAACGCACUAUUGUUCAACCUCGAGCAAAAGGUUAAUGAAUUAAGCUCAUGGCUCGUGGGCUUGGCCCUGCUACUGCUACUGCUCCCUGGCCACGGCGGUGUGGGCGUAAGCGCGGCGGAGGCUCCCCGCCCAUUCAUAGCGGGGACCUCCAAACCGGGCCCGCUCCCAGGGGGGCAGCACUCGCCAUCUCCAGAGCUAACGGGGAUGCCCCUCGAGCUACCUGAAACCCCGCCACAGCCCACGUCUUGGUCAGCUUCCUUGUAUGAAGAGGGAUCGGACAGCUUUGCGUACGUUCUCCAAGCAGCGGAUAGCACGAGUCUUAUCUGCUCGAUGGAACAGCAGCCCGUGGCGCCCGGCUUCUCUGAGCUGGUAGCAGUCCCGAGGAUUCGCAACGAGACCUUCCCAAGCGACUUCAGCCUUCCAUUGUCAUACGUCGGGACGGAUUGUGGCUGCUGGUCUUCGCCUUACAAUUUCGUCUUUGGGGCGGACACAGUAAUCCAGAACAGGAAGCUCUACACUUUCAGGCUGAACGUGCAGCCUUUGUCCCAGCCGGACCUUGCCAUUCGCGGUCCGCCGAGCACAUUGGUCCUGCAGCUCGACGGAUUGGACGGGAAGGUCUGGUUCAGGCCCACCGUCCCGUGGGUCGGCGCGGACAUAAUGGGGAUUCCAGUCUCCGCAUCCGGGGGUGAGUAUUGA